GAACGCGCCAGACGGGACAAUAUCUGAAAUACCGCGAGAACGAACGAGAUGGCCACUUCCUCAAAAUGUAAACAGAAGUGAGUAGUUGCUUAGUGAGUUCUUCAGUAUAACAAGACAUGUGAGCAGAAACUCCAUCGGACGUGCUGUGAUGGGUUCUGCUCCGUGGCUUUUAAAAUGGAGACUAAAGGGACCGACGAGGUGGAGAAACUGAAGUCGAAGUUCAUGUCAGCAUGGCACAAUGUGAAGUAUAGUUGGGCUCUUAAGUCAAAAACAGCCUUCAGUCGUAAUUCUCCUGUUUUCUUGUUGGGGAAAUGCUACCAUUUCAAAGCUGUGGAUGAUGAAAGCCCUACUGAGAGUUGCACUGCAGAGGCAUUAGAGGACGAUGUUGUCGCAGGUAAUGUUGAUGGAUUUCGAAAAGACUUCACCUCGCGAGUUUGGCUGACCUAUCGAGAAGAGUUUCCUGCCCUUCCAGGAUCCACCCUCACUUCAGACUGUGGGUGGGGUUGUACACUCCGGGCAGGGCAGAUGAUUUUGGCCCAGGCUCUCUUGCUUCAUAUCUUGGGUAGAGACUGGACCUGGUCAGAAUCACUGACCCUGGAGUCCCUGGAUACAGAGACAUGGACCAGCAGUGCAGCACGAAGACUGGUGGCCACAUUAGAGGCCUCCAUUCAGGGAGAAAGAACGCAGGUCACCCAGCCUCUCUGUCCUGCUCAAGGAGGAGCUGAGGAGGCUGACUCGUACCUACGAGAGGCAUAUCACCGCACUAUUGUGUCCUGGUUUGGGGACGAACCCUCAGCCCAGCUGGGCAUCCACAGACUAGUGCAGCUAGGAAUGACAUCUGGAAAACGAGCUGGCGAUUGGUACGGCCCAGCAGUGGUGGCACACAUACUUCGAAAAGCUGUUGAUGAAGCAGCAGAUGCAAUGCUGAAAGGGAUAGGCGUUUAUGUAGCACAGGACUGCACCGUGUACAGUGCUGAUGUUAUUGAUAGCCAUUCAGGGCGGACGGGCAGCCACAGUGAUCCACAGGGACUCAAUUCUGGAGCUGCCCCUGAUAGUAGAGCCGUCAUCAUCCUCAUUCCUGUGAGACUCGGUGGAGAGAAAAUCAACCCAGAAUACUUGAGCUUUGUCAAGAGCAUAUUAAGCUUAGAGUACUGUAUCGGCAUCAUUGGCGGAAAGCCUAAACAGGCCUACUAUUUUGUUGGAUUUCAAGAUGACAGCUUGAUUUACAUGGAUCCUCAUUACUGUCAGUCUUUUGUGGAUGUCAGCACAAGCGAUUUCCCUCUGCAGUCUUUUCAUUGCCCAUCACCAAAGAAAAUGCCUUUCAGUAAAAUGGACCCAAGCUGUACGAUUGGAUUCUACUCAAAAAACGUUGAACACUAUGAAAGAAUUAGCAAUGAGCUGUCAAAGAUACUGCAGCCUUCAGCGAAAGAGAAGUACCCUGCGUUCACCUUUAUGAAGGGACAUGGGAAGGAUUAUGAACUUUCAAUUGCUGUGGAAAAGCGAGAAUGGCCUUUUAUCAGGGACACGAGGAGAGCAGGGACAACAUCAGGAGACUUUGUGCUGCUCUGACUCUUCAAGCCAGUAUCCCAAAGCCAAGUAAUACACCACAAAUCAGGACUGGAUCACAGUCUGUAUUUACACUGUGAGUCUAAACUACACUGUCCUCAUGUCAUUUCAGAAAAAGCCCAUUUAAAAAAGACUACGAGCAGUGCAUGAGACCAUUUCAAUUCAACACAUGUAUCAGUAUGUGCAUGAAAGCAAAGUUUGAUAAAGAGAUGGUAGUCAUAGUCAUGCACAUGGAACACAUUCAAUUGAUUACAGUUAUAUUUACAACUAAACAUGCAAACAUUUCAGUGUGUUCAUAUAAAUGCAACAUUUACAAGAUUUAAAAAAAAAAAAAAAAAAAAAGUUCUAAUAGAAUAACCAUGUUACUUUUCUCUGGGUACAUGUAGUUAAUUCUUCCUUAAAACAAUGAUUCAAAAACACCUAUUUAGUCUACUUUUUGAAAUUUAUACAUUAUAGCAUAGUGAUUUAACUUCAUAGACCUUAUGUUUUAUGUUGAAAUGUUUUAUGUUACAUCAACUGGAAGGAUAAUGUGCCUUCACAAGUGAGUAGAAAACACUGUAUCACCUAUAACUAAAAACACAGAGCCUAAAUAACUCUUAAACAGUAUGUAGCAGUGGUAGCUAGAUUGAAAAGCCCUCUGCCACCAGCUUUUUUAAAAAUAUUGGUAUGCACAGAAACUGUGCUUAAUAUAAGAUUAAGUAUAGUAAUGUUAACAAAAAAACAGCGGUAUAAUGCCAAUAUGUGGAAGGAUCAUUUCAGAGCUGCAAAGAUCUAAUUAGUCUUUGGUAGCUCAGAGUGUUAUUUUUAAACAUAAACAAGUAUGAAUCAAGGAGUAAAUUAUUUUUAAAUUAUGCCUUAUUUAUAUAACUUCAGGUUUUUUCUUGGUGUAAUAUUGUUUUAGCAAAAUUGUCAGUAUGAUGAUAUUGUAUUGCCACGUCAAUUGUCAUCAUUAUCUUUCAUUUUUGUUAGAAACACCUUUGAACCAAAGCAUUCUGCAUUGAACAGAACUAACACUAGCUCUAACAGUGUUCACAUAUUGUAUUUAACCAGCGUAAUUGUGUUAUUUAUGCAAACCUAUUAACUCCACCAUUUGUCAGUUUGAAGGGUUUUGUAAUUCACCACAGUGUAUUAUAAUAUCAUACUCUAAUUGCCAAAAUCAUUUGCACAAUGAACAUUUCAAUUUUAUAAUUGCUGAUUUCAGAAUUGAAUAAAUCUAAUAUGGUUUA